UUCGCUCUUCCGGGCAGUGUGUGUGGCGGCGCUGGGUCUGUGUAGUUCUUAUUUGUAACGUGGACUAAUGGCAGAUACUUUGUCACUUUUCACCUCUAUUGGGUUGAGCGAGCAGAAAGCGAAGGAAACAUUAAAAAAUGAAGCUCUGAGUUCUUCCCUGAAGGAGGCGGUAAUUCAGGCUCAACGUGUCAAUGGGGCAUCUGGUGUGGAUAAGGCCAUGGGCACUUUGCUCUACAGCAUGGCUUCUCGCCUCAAAGACAACAAACGGCUGACAUUUCUCUCAGACUGCAUCGCUCAGAGAAAAAUCUGCUCAGAGCUACAACUUGCAGCUGCUUUAGACUUUGUCAAAAGUCAUCCUGCGGAUCCAAUCAGUCAGAAGGAGUUUGAUGAAGCAUGUGGUGUUGGUGUGGUCAUAACUCCGGAGCAGAUUGAGGAUGCGGUUGAAUCUGUCAUCAAGACGCACAAAGAGCAGCUGAUAAAGGAGAGGUACCGCUUCAACAUGGGACUGCUAAUGGGUGAAGCACGAUCUGCUUUAAAGUGGGCUGACGGGAAGGUGAUUAAAAAUGAAGUGGACGUGCAGGUUCUGCACCUGUUGGGGCCAAAGACGGAGGCGGAUCUGGAGAAGAAACCCAAGGCACAAAAAGCAAAGGUGGCAGAGACUGAUGUGAAGGUGAAAAAAGAGGAGGCGGCAGUGAAUGGUGAUGCAAAUUUUGUGGAGGGAAGGUCUCUGAUGGAGCAGCUCAGAGGAGAGGCGCUGAAGUUUCAUAAACCAGGAGAAAACUAUACAACCGAAGGUUAUGUUGUCACUCCAAAAACUAUGGAGCUCCUUAAGAAGCACUUGGAGAUCACUGGCGGGCAGAUCCGUACUCGUUUUCCACCUGAACCUAAUGGUAUCCUUCACAUCGGACAUGCCAAAGCAAUCAAUUUUAACUUUGGUUACGCCAAGGCAAACGAUGGUAUUUGUUUCCUGAGGUAUGAUGACACCAAUCCUGAGAAGGAGGAGGAGAAGUACUUCACUGCCAUCAGGGACAUGGUGGAGUGGCUGGGUUACACUCCGUACCAAGUCACACAUGCAUCAGAUAACUUCCAGAAACUCUACGACCUUGCUGUGGAUCUGAUCCGCAGGGGUCAUGCAUAUGUGUGCCACCAGAAGGGUGAGGAACUGAAAGGCCACAACGUUCCUCCGUCUCCUUGGAGGGACCGGCCUGUUGAAGAGUCUUUGGUGUUGUUUGAGAGGAUGAAGAAGGGCAUGUUUUCAGAGGGCGAAGCCACGCUCAGGAUGAAGAUGGUAAUGGAGGACGGGAAGAUGGAUCCCGUGGCAUAUCGAAUCAAAUACACGCCUCAUCACCGGACAGGAGAUGAAUGGUGCAUCUACCCCACAUACGACUAUACCCACUGUCUGUGUGACUCCAUUGAAAACAUAACACAUUCUCUGUGUACCAAAGAGUUUCAGGCCAGGCGUUCCUCAUAUUACUGGCUGUGUAACGCCCUAGAUGUGUACUGCCCCGUUCAGUGGGAAUAUGGCCGCUUGAACCUCACUUACACCGUUGUAUCCAAGAGAAAAAUCAUCAAACUUGUUGAAAAUGGAGUUGUCAGAGACUGGGACGACCCCAGACUUUUCACUCUGACUGCCUUGAGGAGAAGAGGUUUCCCUCCAGAAGCCAUCAACAACUUCUGUGCAAGGGUUGGGGUAACAGUUUCCCAGACAACAACAGAGCCCCAUCUUCUGGAGUCGUGUGUGAGAGACGUGCUGAAUGACUCCGCCCCUCGGGCCAUGGCUGUACUGGAGCCCCUCAAAGUCACCAUAACAAACCUUCCUCAGGACAAAAAGGUUGAUGUAAGGGUACCAAACUUUCCUGCCAAUGAGGCCAAAGGUUCCCACACUGUUCCUUUUACGAACACAAUCUUUAUUGAACAGAGCGACUUCAGAGAGGUGAUGGAGAAAGGCUACAAGCGCCUGACUCCAGAUCAGCCUGUAGGCCUGAGACAUGCUGGGUAUGUCAUCUCUGUCCAGAAAGUCAUCAAGGACUCUAAAGGUAAAGUUGUGGAGCUCGAGGUGACCUGCUGCAGCACCGACACUGCAGAGAAACCAAAGGCCUUUAUCCACUGGGUCAGCCAGCCGUUGGUGUGUGAAGUACGACUCUAUGAACGACUUUUCCUGCACAAACAUCCAGAGGAUCCAUCUGAAGUGCCCAAUGGUUUCCUGAGUGACAUCAAUCCUAAUUCCCUGCAGGUGAUCAGCAGUGCCUUAGUGGACACCUCUGUGAAGGGGGCUAAAGCUCUGGAUAAAUUCCAGUUUGAGAGAGUUGGUUACUUCUCCCUUGACCCUGACAGCACGGCUGACAAGCUCAUUUUUAACAGAACUGUCACACUUAAAGAGGACCCUGGGAAGAUCUAAUUGACACAGUCCAGCUGCGCUUCCACCAUGAGCCUUUAGAUACUGGACCACUGUGUUUGCAUCAUCUUCUAUGUAACAUCAGCAAGAACACAGAAACUCUGACUGAGAGUGCUUUAAAUGAUUUGCCUUUUAUUGUCUCCUGCAACAUUUUUGAACAGCAUAUGAAGCCGCCUUAUGGCUGCCAGUGUCUCCUCAAGGUCUCUGUUCCCGUUUUUGCUGCAGCGCUAACUAAUUACACGUUAUGCUGGCAUCUGCUUUUGGUAUGUAAGCAACUUGAUCAAAAACAGACUUCAUGUGGAAAUGUUAAGACAGCUGGUUUUACAAAAAGAGGAUGCUCUCAGGAUGCCAUAUUUGACUUUGUAACCGAGGUGAUUCCAUCCCUCCUUAAGAAUCACAGGGGUCCUUUUGGACAGCAAAUAAUAAAAUUGAUAUG